UGCACUGCGAUUUCCGUAAACGGAAGUUUCCAAUCCGACGCGUGGGCCCAUGCUGUAAUGAUUGUUUAUAUUGUUCAUUUAUUUCUAAAUCGAACAUAAGUGUAUCUUGAUAUUUUCUUCUCACAUUAAAAUGAAAGUAAAAGUGCUCUCGAGGAACCCGGACGACUACGUCCGGGAGACCAAACACGAUAUUCAGCGCGUCCCUAGAAACUAUGACCCAACACUUCAUCCAUUUGAGGUGUGCAGAGAAUACAGUCGGGCCCUUAAUGCCACCAAACUGGAUAGGGUGUUUGCAAAGCCUUUCCUGUCCUCAUUGGAUGGACACAGAGAUGGUGUGAACUGCAUGGCCAAGCACACCAAGAGCCUCUCCACAGUGUUGUCUGGGUCUUGUGAUGGGGAGGUUAAACUGUGGAAUCUUACCAAACGUGUAUGCCUCCGCACGUUCCAAGCCCAUGAAGGAUUUGUCCGUGGAAUGGCUGUUCGCUAUUGUGGAACAUCCGUCUUCACGGUUGGUGAUGACAAAACAAUCAAACAAUGGAAAAUGGAGGCCCCGGGUUAUGGUGAGGAAGUGGAGCCACUUAGUACAAUUCUGGGCAAGACAGUCUUCACUGGGAUUGCUCCUCAUCAAAAAGAUGGUGUAUUUGCAACAUGUGGCCAGCAAGUGGACAUCUGGGAUGAGCAGAGGAGCACCCCUAUCCGUUCUUUCACCUGGGGUGUGGACAGCUUCAGCUCUGUCCAUUUUAACCCAGUGGAGACUGAACUUCUUGCAAGCUGCGCAUCUGACAGAAGCAUCAUACUAUAUGACAUGAGAGAAGCAGCUCCGCUUAAAAAGGUUAUCAUGACGAUGAGGAGCAACACGUUAUGCUGGAAUCCGAUGGAGGCCUAUUACUUCACAGCAUGUAAUGAAGACUAUAAUCUUUACACAUAUGACAUGAGACGCCUGGACAAGCCGAUCAUGGUACACUUCGAUCACGUGUCUGCAGUGCUCGACGUUGACUAUUCCCCCACCGGCAGAGAGUUUGUGUCUGCCAGUUUUGACAAGACCAUCCGCAUCUUCCCCAUGAAUGCUAGCCAUAGUAGGGAGGUCUACCAUACCAAACGCAUGCAACAUGUCAUCUGUGUAAAGUGGUCGGCCGAUAACCGUUAUAUUUUGAGCGGGUCAGAUGAAAUGAAUAUUCGUCUGUGGAAAGCGGCGGCGUCAGAGAAAUUGGGGGUGCUUACGCCCCGAGAGAAGGAGGCCACCAACUACCGCCUUAAGCUGAGAGAGAAGUUUAAGCACUUCCCACAGAUCAGACGCAUCGCUCAGCAUCGACAUCUCCCGAAGGGCGUCUACGACCAGUCUAAGCAGCUUAAGGAAAUGAAGGAAGCUCGCCGUAGAAAGGAGAAGAAUGUCCGCGCGCACAGCAAACCAGGAAGUGUGCCUGUGGUGUCUGAAAAAGAAAAACACGUCGUGACUGUGGUCAAAUAGAAAAUUAUUUGACAACAAUCUGGAGGUGCAUCACACAUACGGAAGGUGUGAUUAGACUUCUCUAUUUGGGAUUCUUGCAAGCACACUUUCGCUGAAUAUUUAUAAGUCAAAGCGUUCAUAUUCUGCCUGUCAAAUCGUAUUUCAUAAUUGACACUUCGUUUGUGACAGAUUCAAUUCUUCCUUAAAAGAAGUGACUCAACCCAAAGUGUUGCGUGCAAUUUGCCUGAAAAUGACUGUUCAUUAUUUACAAAUGUAUAAUGUUUAUCUGUCCAUGCCAAUGACAUGCAGUGACAGGCAGAGCGAUUAAUUACUCUGUAAGGUACAAUAAACCAGUUUUCCACUUGUUUUUAUUCAUA